AUGGCCGUGCGUGAUGUUCUGGUGGAGUCGGUGCCGGCGGUGCCGACGGCUGCCGUGUGUUUGCGUGAUGUCUUGGUGGAGACUGUGGCGAUUCAUUCCUAUCCGGUGGUGGCGAUUCAAGCCUAUCUGGCUGAGUUUCCGACCGCUGCCGUGCUGAUGGAGAUCGUGGCCGUGUUCCCUGGUGACUAG